AGUCAAUAUUGUCCGCAUCGCCGGGCGCCCCUCGGACCUCACCGUCACCAGACAUAAUACAUUAUAAAUACCUGGUCCCGGCCCUCCAGACAGACAUUAAUUCCGUCGCCACAGUCAAAGUCAAAUUAGUUCGGUUGCAGUACUGCAAGUGCACUCGAAGUGUUCCCUACUACAGGUAGGUCUUAUUGCACCCAAACCGGCACCAGCAUUAUGGAGUAUAUUCUUGGAGGAGCAGCAGCCGUUGUAGCUGCCCCUUUUGUUUUGCCAGCUAUGGGAUUUACAGCCGGAGGUAUUGCAGCCACGUCCCUUGCUGCUAAAAUGAUGUCUGUUUCAGCAAUAAUGGCUGGAGGAGGCGUGCCUGCUGGUGGUGCGGUUGCUUUACUCCAGUCAGCUGGAGCAGCUGGCAUCUCAGCAGUUGGAAAUGCAGCCCUCGCUGCUGGAGGAGCAGUUGCUGGAGGAGCAGUGGCAAAUGCUCUCUAGAAACUUAGAAUGAAUCUGUUUUAACAGGAGAAGCAUUAACUUUGGAGAAAGUAAUAUAAUUUCCUUUGUGCACUUUUCCCAGGUAUUGUGUAAAAUUAAAUUUUUGAACAAAUUCGUAAUAUUUGUACAUGCAGUCACAGUGCUGUUUUGUUAAAAAUUCGCACGGUAGGAUAUCAAGGUGGCCAGAAAACUCUGUCUCAGAAAACUCUGUCUCAAACGUCUGUGCUUAAAACCUUUAACUUGUUUUUUAUACUAAAUUAUAAAGGUACUAAACAGUAAUUUAUAAAUAAAAGAACAUUUAUUGAGUAUUUUUAUACAAUAUAAUUAUAGGGUACUAAACAGUAGUUUAUUAUUAAGAGAACAUUUAUUUGAUGAUAAUUAAUCGACAAAAAAUUAAAAUGAUGAAGUUAUAAAUUUAAUCUUGUAAUUAUAACACUUUUAAAAACACUUAAGGUUAUAAACAAUAGAUCGAAAAAUCACUUUGGUUGCUGUCAUCAUACUCUUCCGUUAACUUUGCAAUGCAAUUGUCGUUUUUCAUAUUUUUUUUAAUGGGCUUUUCUCCUAGUUACAAAUGUAGAAUCUUAGUUUCCGUUAGAGCCUCUUCGUUUUUCAGGACAUCAAUAAAUUGUCAAAUAUUGGGGUUUUUGCAUGCUAUCGAUUGAAUUAAGGCUGGGUGAAAUCCUUUUAACGCAUUGUUUGUUCGAGGUAAUUUAUUUAUGACACGACUUCUCAUAUUCCAAAAUGUUAUAGGGUAUAAAGGAGCUUCUCUUCUACGGCGACGUCCACGGAUUGCACCAAUAUAUGUUAACUCAAAGUAACUAAUAAAUUCCAUCGGAAGUAACUCGUCUUCACUAAGUUCUUCAAAUGCAUUUGUAACUUCUUCAAUUGGUAAGAAUGCCAAAGCACAAAACAUUCUUAUUAACAACGAAAAGUUGUUGUUGGUAUUGUACUGACACUUAUGACCCAAAUCACAAAUUGGGCGAUAAACAUGCUGGCACAUAUGAAAGAAGCACCCAACAGUGUCACAACAAGGAAAAUGAUUUUUAAUACUAUUACCAAGGCCUUUCUCGAAAUCAAUCAUCACUUCCUUGGGAUUUAAAUUUGGCAGAAGUUCUUUUAGUAUUAUGAAAGAUUUAUUAUAAGUAUUCUCUGUUUUGUCAGGCAAUAAAUAAAUGCACGAGGGAAGACUUUCCCAUGUAUAUAAGCAUGUAUAAUCAGAACUUGAUACCAUGCGUCAGGCGAAGCCUUGAAAGUUCCAUCAAUUCCUAAAUAACGAGAACUUUGUAGGUCAUUAAGUCCCUUGUCAGAAGCAAAUACUAAAAUUCUUUUCUCAUCGUCAUUUCCACUGUCACUGUAGAAAAGCUUUUCCAUCACUCAAAACACGGAAUGACUGUGGUAUUUCAAAUCCUGUACGUGUCUGAGGUAAUGGAGGGGCACCGAAAGCUUUAGUCCGCCAAUUAGUUAUUGAUCUUGAAAUUGAUGGCAAACUCGAUAUUUCACUUUUUCCAUUUUCAUCAAGUUUACUCACAGUAUCGGCUAAAAUAAUUCGUGUGCUAGAUGAAUCGCCAUUCUGAAUUUUACACUUAAUUUCUGAUAUAGCACUUUUGGCUUCCACUUUUGCUAAUGUAGACGAUGAUUAUGGCUGUUAACUUUCUUGACAAUCACAUUUUCUCCGUCUUGAAUCUUCGUGUGAAUUCGUGCCAUGCAUGAAGAUUUUCGCAUUUCACAUCGCCAGAAUAACCUUAUCUUGUCAGCACGGUGUAUAUGAAAAUCAUAUAUGUAGUUCUCGUCGUCGAUGAAUUUCUCUUUUCCUCUUUGGGAUGAAAUGCAUUUAGAAGCCAUCGAUGUGGGUACUGAAACUAAACUAAAAAUAUAAGAGAUUGAAUAGAAAACAAGAACUACAUCCCACGUUUACAGUUUUAACAGCCAUUCAAAUAUAAUACCAUAGUUAACACCAAACAGCCCAGUUUCCGCGAGCUCUAUAGGUAACCGAGAGACCCAGUUUUCUGAGACAGACUUCUCUGAUACCGAGUUUCCCUAUUUUUCAUACAAAAUUCCUUUGUCAUUUUUCUAUGCUUAACAGCAAAUCUAAUGUCUUAAUUAAACAUCAAUACACA